UAGCGUCUUGACACAAUGUGCAUUGUUAUUGACGCUAUAUAAAUAAAACUGAAUUGAAGCGAAUAAGAGUCGCAGCUGUCCAGUAUAAGGAAGACAGGGGCGUCAGAUGAUUUAAUGGGACGUUGCUAGUUUGCGCAUGCUCAGAGCAUCUUCACUCGAUAAUGGCUGCGAGGUGAGAUGAGCGGAUGGGCCGCGUCCUUUCAGUGUGAAGCGCACCCAUCUACAGGACCGUUAACUCGGGCGGUGCCGGGUUAAAAUGGUCGAUAUCCGACCCGAAAAGCAUCCCGAAACUGUUGUACACAGUGCGAACAUCGUCCUUCAAACAGCACCCACUGUUAACAUCCAGUCUUAGUGGUCAGUUCUGCCUGCGGAUCAGAGGUUAACCUGAAGCCAUGGCAUUGAAGGACCGCGUGGAGGCUGUGCUCAAUGUGGGUCUUCGUGUUCCCAGCAUCAUGCUGCUGGACGUCCUGUACCGCUGGGAUGUCGGCUCCUUUUUCCAGAAGAUACAGCGCUCCAGCCUCUCCAACAACCCCCUGUUCCAGUACAAAUAUCUGGCCCUCUACCUGCACUACGUAGGUUACAUCCUGAGCCUGGUGCUUCUGACUCUGCCUCGUCAGCACCUGGUUAAACUCUACCUGUACGUCCUUACAGCCUUGCUGCUGUUUGCUGGUCACCAAGUCUCAAGGGACUAUGUUCGCAGUGAACUGGAGUCCGGCCAUGAAGGACCCGUCUACCUGGAGCCGCUGUCCAUGAACAGAUUCACCACCGCGCUCAUAGGUCAGCUGGUGGUGUGUACGCUGUGUUCCUGCGUGAUGCAGACCAAGAGGAUCUGGCUUUUCUCUGCUCACCUCCUCCCUCUGGUGGCCCGACUGUGUCUGGUUCCGCUGGAGACCAUCGUCUUCAUCAAUAAGUUCUCCAUGAUUUUUACAGGCCUGGAGGUCAUCUACUUCCUGGCUUCCAACUUACUGGUACCAUAUAACCUGGCUAAGACGGCAUACAGAGAGCUGGCUCAGGUGGUGGAAGUUUACGGGCUGCUAGCGUUGGGCAUGUCUCUGUGGAACCAGCUGGUCCUUCCGGUUCUCUUCAUGUGUUUCUGGCUGGUUCUGUUCGCUCUGCAGAUCUACUCCUACUUCAGCACCAGAGACCAGCCUACCUCAAGGGAGAGGCUGCUUUUUCUCUUUCUUACCAGUAUUGCAGAAUGUUGUAGUACACCGUACUCUCUGCUGGGCCUGGUUUUCACCGUCUCCUUCAUCGCGCUGGGGGUACUCACGUUGUGCAAGUUCUACCUGCAAGGCUACAGAGCCUUCAUGAACGACAACACCAUGCACAGGGGGAUGACAGAAGGCAUCACUCUGCUGAUCCUCGCUGUCCAGACGGGCCUCAUCGAGCUGCAGGUCAUCCACCGGGCCUUCCUCCUUUCCAUCAUCCUCUUCAUCGUCGUCGCCUCCAUACUGCAGUCCAUGCUGGAGAUAGCUGACCCCAUAGUCCUGGCCCUGGGAGCGUCCAGAGACAAGAGUUUGUGGAAGCACUUCAGAGCAGUGUCUCUGUGUCUCUUCCUACUGAUCUUUCCAGCCUACAUGGCUUAUAUGAUCUGUCAGUUCUUCCACAUGGACUUCUGGCUUCUCAUCAUCAUCUCCUCAUCAAUCCUCACCUCACUGCAGGUUCUCGGUACUCUCCUCAUCUAUGUUCUCUUCAUGGUGGAGGAGUUUCGUAAAGCUCCCGUAGAGAACAUGGACGAAGUCAUCUACUGUGUGAACGGGACCUACAGAUUGCUGGAGUUUCUGGUUGCAGUGUGUGUGGUUUGCUACGGCGUGUCAGAGACUGUAUUUGGGGAGUGGAGCGUGAUGGGCAGCACCAUCAUCCUGGUCCACUCCUACUAUAACGUCUGGCUCAGAGCCCAGCUGGGCUGGCAGAGCUUCCUGCUCAGGAGAGACGCCGUGAACAAGAUCAAAAGCCUCCCCACCGCCAGCAACACACAGCUGGAGCAGUACAACGACAUCUGCGCGAUCUGCUACCAGGACAUGAACAGCGCCGUGAUCACCCCGUGCAGCCAUUUCUUCCACGCCGGCUGUCUGAAGAAAUGGCUGUAUGUCCAGGAGACAUGUCCUCUCUGUCACUCGCAACUCAAGAGCCAGUCACCAGCCGCCGCCGCCGCCAGUGUCCCAAACCAAGACGCCCCCGCAGCCAAUCAGAAUCCUGCAGGGCAGGACGAAGCCAUCGCCAACAAAGAGCAGGAGGGUGGUGGCGCUUUGCAAAAUAAUGGGACAGAGGAGGAAUCAGUGGAGCGGGAGGGAGACAGUGGACCUGCCACAUCAGCUGGCGAAUCUUCCUCCUCCUCCUCCUCCUCCUCCUCCUCCUCCUCCUCCUGCAUGCCCUCUUCAUCCCAACAUCUGGUCAGGCCUCCAUUGUCAUCCUCGUCUUGUUCUUCUCCCCCACCUGUGACUGAUUCUCUGCAGAACCAGUUGCCCACAGAUCAUUCCUCUCCGUCUUCCUCCUCUACCUCUGACACAUCGGACACGGUCGACACUCCUCCAUCCCAGUCCCCGAGCUUCACCCCCUCCAUCCUUCAUCCCUCGUCUUCACAGGUACUCCCCCCGGCAGAGGUGACCCCAGCUGAACCUGAGCCCGCCCCUCAGCCGAACUUGGCACCGGACAGCGACGGGUCAUCUACUGGUCCAUCCUCACAGUCUGACCAGCCCACCUCUCAUUCUGAGGAGCCUUCUUCUUCUCCUCCUCCUCCUCCUCCAUGCAGCCUCUGAGCUCCAUCGUCACACACGCUGCACAUGCAUGCACAUUUAGAGACACAAUCCAAGCGCUCCAUCUGCUUUUACUUCUCCAGCCACGGGCUCUCCUGUCAACGUCUGACAUCCAACUCCUUCAUAUCCAUUUUGAGAGGGAAGAAAUCCCCGACUGUCUCUGAGAACAUUGCAGCGUUACAAAAUGGCAGUGGUUACAGCUUCACAAGAUAUUUCUACUUUUUAGACAGUUGUCUGGAAACAGUUUGUCUAAGCGUGUCCCAUGAAAAGCUUAACUCUCGCCAGCAGUGAUUUCAUUACAGGCGCAACCCUAUCCAUCUAUUAUUUCUUUUCUUUUUUGGAGGGGAUUCAAAACUCGAAAACGGGGACUUGGUAAACUCAUCUCAGUAAGAAUUGGGAGCUCUGCAUCAUGUCCACACAAUGUGAACUCUUAUACGAAGUAUAUAAGGAUUUUGUUUUGUUUUAUUUUUGACAGUUUUACAUGUAGCAACAUUUCCAAACUUUUUUUUUUUUUUACUCUUCUUUUCAAUGCCAGACUUUUAAUUUGGCGGGGUUCUCCCGUACUGCCUUUGUUUGUGCAGCUGUACUUCCAAUGCUGUACAUGUCAGAGUGUUGGGUGUUCCCGGGAGUCCUGUAUGUGCCAUGGGAAUGAAUCAGGAACGAGGUUUCAUUUUAAACCGUGACAAAGUCUUAACAUUUCAUGAAGUCCAUAUCUUUAGUAAAGAUUAUUAUUUUUUUUUUUUUUUUCGUCUGGAUGACAGUAGUUACAUGUAUUAGUGACUACUAAGCAUUAACAGAGACUGAAUGUCGUUACUUGAGGCCAUCACAUGACCUGCAGCCUGGUGCUAAGCAGAGGAUUAGACGCUGUGGUCUAGAGAAGCGUUGCAGUGUGAACAAAUUUGGUGCGUUCAUCGAAAGUAACUUUGAUUCAUUUCACGUGUCAAGCUUUCGGCUGUUACACUGCUUCAGUGUUCAAAUCAAACUUGUUUGGCUGGUCCCAACAACAACAACAACAACAACAACAAAAAAGUUAGUUUUUUUUUUCCCUCAUCGCCAAACUUUUGUAUUGCUGUUGAAGAGCUGUUAUUUUUAAGACCGUUUUUACAUUACCGCUCCAUCAGAAAACUACCGUGCAGACGUCGAGCAGGGAGCGCAAACUUUUACCGUCUCAUUUGCGGUUUAAUUUCAUUUACUCAUCAGCGCGUAAGCUGAUUCCCAAACACUCAUCCAGUCACGUCAAAGAAACCUCUAUCUUCUCAGACCAUCGACAUUCUCCUGCUCCGCCGCUGAGCACCACGAAAUGUAACUACCAGCAUAUUGAGCCGUUCAACAGCUUCGUAUUUCCACACGCGCUAGCGCACGCUCCUCAGUCGGCUCCUGGGUUUAGCAGGAAAGUGCGAUGAAGGGAAAUUAGCCGAGAGACUUGAGAGAAACGCGGAGACUGAUGCACGCUUGUAUGUAGAGCUUGCACGCCGCCGCACUCGCCACAGAAUUCGUUUGUCCCCGGUGUGCUCCGACAUCGCUGCCGAUGUGUUUUUUUUUUCCUAGCAUUUUCUUUGUUUUGGGUUGUAUUUGCACUAAUGUCAUUUAUACUAGCGACGCUCCAAAGCUGUUCUGUGGCUGUCAGCAACCAAAUACCCUCUGAUAUUUGUGUACGAGGAAACAGCCCAAACUGUUUGUGUGUGUGAUGUGUAUAUACAUGUUUCUCUGUAUGGUAUCUAUAUUUAACCAGAGGAGUGUAAAUAAGAUCAGGGCCUGGGUUUUCUGAGGCUUCCCAGUGGUUUGAUUAUUCUUUGUUUCUUUACACGCCUGUGAACAAAGACUAACUUGACUAAGGAGCUCUUUGGGAAACCAGGCUUUCUGAUCUGAGACCAGCCAGUGUUACUGCUUCUCCAGUCUGUAUGACGCGCCUUCGAGCUGGUGUGAUCACUCCGGUGCCCUCUACUGUUAGGAGUAGGAUCAGCACGGCGCAGACGGACAGGAGACGCACUAGAUAAUAUUCAGCAGUAUUGAUUAAUACCACUAUUACUAAAGGUCUUAUUACUAUGAAUGACUUUAUUGUUGACAUUGAAAAGCGUCGGCCGCAGGGUUGAGAAUGAAUACAUGAUGGAUGUAGGAUCAAACCGGGGCCGACGCUGCGUUUGUGUUUAUUUUUUUAAGAGAUGAAAUGUAGAGAUUGAUGUAUUUUGCACACGUUCCUCUGAAAGUCGAACAUAAGGACUCUGUGUAUACGACUCCUCAUUAUCAGCUCCAUUCUUAAGACGUUGUUUUUUUUUUGAAGACUCAACUGAAACGGUUACAAAGAUUUGAAAGGCUUUCAUGCACAUUUGUUCAGAGGGAUCACCCUGCGAGACGAAAUGUGACAUGACCCACACGGUGACAACUGUCAUUGGCGGCUGUAUGUGAAUUUGCAUUGCAGUAUUAAAUGAUCGAUCACUCAGCAGAGAAGCCUGUCGGCCGUUGAUUCCACGCGCGCUUUGCUCAGUUUGCGUCGGAGACAUCAAAGUGUCUCCAUUCUGUGACGUAUAUUUCCCCUACAUAUAUUUACUAUUACACUUUAUAACCUUUCACCUGAGAACUAUAAUAUGGAUGGAAUAUUUAAAAAGCAGUCAUUUCAAAUGCAUUAUUUUGCAUUCCAGCGUGUCCGAUAGUCCAGCUGCAGGAUUUACUUCAUGUAAAAUGCAUCAGUGACUCUAAAGGCUAUUUGUCCGUGAGCUAAUGUGCCAACAAACACAUGAACCGCCACCACUGCUGCUACUGCUGCUGCGCCUUCAUUCCACAUUUUAGCUCCCUCUAUUAGGAGCUUAUUUAGGUUUUAAAAUGAUACACUUCUGAUCAGUGUUUGCAUAUCGUUUAACGUGAAGUAUUAUUAUUUUUGCAGCAGAAACGAGCCAACAUUCCCACACCGUCCUGAGGGCGUCUCUGUGUAAAUAUUAACACUCCUGCAGGUGCGUUUUAAUUUUAAUGCGGCCUGCACUGAAUUUGAGCUGGAGAAAUAGUCGGUGUGACAGUCAAGUCCGGUCGCGCAUCAAAUAUCCAGAGGUUUCAAAUAUUUAAUUUUUCACACAUCUGAGGAAGAUCAUAACUUUAAAAGUGUUAGCAAAUAUGGAAAUGGAAUCUAUAGCUGCCACCGAGCGCUCCGUUAUUUAACCGUAUUCACUGAAUGCAUUUUCACCACCGCUCCUCUGACUGACAGGUGGGUUGAGAUUUACCUCAGACGGACCGGUCGCAUUCGAUUUGGGGGGGGGGGGGGGGGGGGCCGAGGCUCCCUGCAGAGUUUUUGUUUCAGAUUUAUUCAUAUGUCUCAGAUUGAGGACCUGCUUCAUGGUUGGUUUUUUGGACUUUCUGCCUGGCAUUGCCUUGGUUAUUUUACAAAAAUUGAAUGUCAAAUAAAAUGAAUCAUCCACUCUG